AAUCCUCAGACAAUCAUCAUUGUUCAUUGUGGCAAUGCACUAUGUACUGCAGUUUACCCCACGAUGACAACUUAUUAUCCGCCGGAAUUACCAUAUGGUCCCAUUUGGCAAACAAGAUCAAAGCAAAACUAUAAAUAUAACUUGAUCCCCACAUCCAAAAAAACAAAACUUCGUUCUUACAUCCAUUUCGUCCUAUUUUUGAUCUUGCUUCUGACUUUGAUUGUUCUGUUAGGCGAACGCGUUCCUCUUGCUUCCAAUUGUCGUUCAAGAUUGACGACCAGCAAUACCUUCACUGCAAUCACAUCAAACACCUCAUCCAUCAUGCGUUCAUUCUCCCUCUUGUCUGCAUUAUUGUGCACUGCUGUGGCUGCUUUGCCGCAAAAUGGACCACCAUCUUCACUUUCAAUCGCAAGUUCUUCUGCAACUACAGGUACAAUGCCAUCAAAUACAUCAAUGCCUAAUUUACCCGGAAUGGGAAACGGUCCUGAAGCAUCUCCCAACUCAACCUCACCUAAUUCAUCUCAACAAUUAGGUAAUAGUACAUCACGACCAGGUUUCGUAAACAAUAACACAGUUGGUUCAUUCCCGUGCGUUGAAGGAACUGCUCCUGGUAAUCAAGUCGCUUUCAUGAGUCAAUCUUAUGCUACCGAUUGUCCUGAUGCCCUUCAACCAAUUUAUCCAUACAACAAGAUCAACAUUCGUUCGCCUGAUGACAGUAUUCGUGCAACAUUCUUACCUUAUGGAGCAUCUUUGCAAGAACUUUGGGUGAAAGAUCGCAACGGUACUUGGCGUGAUGUUGUGGUAGGGUUCGACAACACGACAAACUAUGGAACUGAUACGAUCCAUAACUACUUUGGUCCACAAAUAGGUCGUUAUGCAAACAGAAUCAAAAAUGGAACGUUUGAAAUUAAUGGAACAACAUACCAUACACCUCUGAACGAAAAUCAUAUCGAUACCUUGCAUGGCGGUAACAUUGGUUAUGAUCGUAGAGCGCAUAGUAUUGAAACUGUCAACUCAAGUGCAGUUUCAUUCUUAUUACAUGAUCCUGAUGGAUUCCAAGGAUUCCCUGGAAGUGUGAUCGCACGUGCAGCCUAUUCUCUUGACAACAAUGGAACGUUCAACAUUCGAAUGGGUGCAAAUGUUACUGAUGAUAAAUCAACCCCAAUCAUGUUAUCUCAUCACGUUUAUUGGGCUUUGCAUGGAUACACAGGAAAGAACAACACCAUCCUUAACCAUACUUUGCAUAUGCCACAAGCAGACAAAUACAUCAAAACAGACGGUAUCUUGAUCCCAACUGGAGAAGUUCCAAGUGUGAAAAACACGCCAUACGACUUCCAAACUGCACGUACUUUCAAUGAACGAUUCAAUGAAACAGAAGGAGUUUGUGGAACAGGAUGUCAAGGAUGGGAUUCAUGCUUCGUCAUGAGCGAGCAUGAUCGCAAUUCAACAAUCUUGACAUUGAGUUCUCCCGAAACCGGAAUCCGACUUGAUAUCAAGACAAAUCAAGAUGCAAUUCAAGUGUAUACGUGUGACGGAGUUUCUUCUCCUACAAAAGGUUCUCUGCCACGUAAACGUGUUCACGGCGGUGAUGGAACGUUGGAUAAAAUUUAUGAAAACCAUAGCUGUGUUGUUUUGGAAAUGGAAGAUUGGAUUGAUGGAAUCAACAACCCAGAAUGGAAACGAGAUCAAAUUUAUUCCAAAGAUCGUCCUUAUCAUUGGAGUGCAGAAUAUACCUUUUCAGCUGAAUAAGCCCUUUUCUUCUAUGUAUCCAAAUUAAAAUUGAAUCCUGUUUACCUGAU